AUGGAGUCCUUUACCAACGACAACAAUGAUGGUGGCGAGUUCGAGGCAGAAUAUUCUUCUUAUACUUGUGAUAAUGGAAUCGAGAAGCUGACACAAGCUACCGCCAAAUUGACUCUCUCCUCUCAGAACACCAAAAAUGAUCAUCAUCCUGCUCCAUUUGGUCAAGCUCAGGCGCGUAUUCCAAGCAGAUCAAUAGAUAAGCUCCCCAUCACAUACCAGUUGAUGACACUCAUAAACGAGGCCAAAUUCAAUGGUAGCAUCAUCACAACCUGGUUCGGACAUCAUGACUUUGUUGCUCGACCUUCACGUCAGAUUGCACGAGGGGGAUACUUCCAAACGCGUUACGCUGAGGGUCUAGGCGUAGCCAAGUAUCCUAUCCUUGCCACAGAGUCGAAACAAAUUUCAGAACGGAGCUACAAAGCCCUGGCAAAUGAGCUGCGUGUUCUGUCGCAUCCGCCUCUUAUGGAACACGAAAACAUUGUCAAUAUCAAAACUAUCGGUUGGACUAGAUUGGAUGCAUGUAGUGCAGCUUGGAUGCCGAUGAUCGUUCUCGAGUUUGCACAUCUAGGAACGCUCACUGAGUAUCUUUCAACGGAGAAGUUGGGUAUUGAUUCCAAACUGCAAGUUGCACGCGACGUUGGAACUGGCCUACAAGCGCUUCAUACCUGUGGUAUCAUGCAUGGCGACCUCAAACUUGACAACAUCUUGAUGUUCAAGGGUAGGGAUGGCAAGAUCCAGGCCAAACUCUGUGAUUUUGGAUGUUCCCACAUCACAAAUGGCACCGAACAUCAAGAAGACAAGGUCGAAAUCAGUGCGGGAACAAAGCCAUGGAAUUCUCCUGAGCUGUACAAACAAGUUCCUGUCUCUCAAUUGCGACAUAUCGACACCUACUCAUUUGGCUUGUUGGUCUGGAGAGUGCUCUUGAAUGGUCGAAACCCUUUCGAAGGGCUAGAACAGGAGGAAAUAGAUAAGAGAAAAGCACAAGACCUAAUCGUUUCCGAUGCUUCGUUGUCUGUGGAGGAUGAAUACGACAGGAACAUAAUCCUUCGAGGUGCAGUUUCUAGUACCGAACGGGCCCAUCUCUAUAUGCGCGAUGUUGCCAUGCCGAAGAGGUGUUUUCGAUAUACACUGUCGUCAGACAUGUGGAAGCGAGACUUGGAUGCAGCAAUGGAGAGCUUAUCAUUCGAAAAUGUAUAUGGAACUGCAAAGUUACGUAAGCCAUACAUUGUCGAGGUGGGACCUGCAUUGUCGUCGACUACUGUUGAGUUCCUGAGGCUCUUUAAUAUACCUUGGACGGCACAGACCAUGUUCAUCGAGUCACUCAAACAGGUAUCGGAGAACAAAGCCUUUUCUGCUGAGGUUAGAGCAAACGCCUACAUGCAAAUUUGUUACGCCAGUAUCGAUUUGUUUGGAAUUCCCAGUAACUCGCUUGACGCUAGACAAUAUCUGCUAGAGGCAAGAGAUCUUGGUUCAGCUGUGGCUGCGUCAAUCUUUCAUCCUUUGAUGCUAGCAACCGGAUACACGAUCGAUGAAUCUUUUAACAAUGAGCAAAAACCAUGGUUGCUCAAAGCCAUCACAAACGGCUGUCUCUUAGCACGUAGAGAGUUUCUCCUCUUGUUGGGAGACCAGGAAGCCUUGAAUGAAGCUGAGAAGCAUCAAAGACUGCUUGCAGGGGCCAGGGAGAUGAACGACAAAGGGGUGGCUGAUGCCGAGUAUAUCGAAACAAUGUUCCUUCCAGCAAAUCAGCAAGUUCUUAAGAUGUUACUUGGUGCCGGACAAUUUCCAAUUAACGGAAUUAUGAGUUCGGUACCUUCAUUUAUGAGCCGGUCCAUGAAUACAUAUCUCCAUGCUGGCGCGGCGUUGGGUAUUGAUCCAGAUCACUUCCGCAAUGCCAUGGCUGUGGUUGACGAAGAGACUAUCAAUAUGCAGGACAAUGCAGGGAACACAGCUCUUCAUCUUGCGCUUCGGUUUGGAAAUGUCGACAAUGCUUGGACCCUCUUGGAACAUGGCGCUGAUGCCUCUUUGGAAAACAAGCUCGGCGAAACACCAUGGCAUUGGCUCAUAUCUCUGGAAGACGACGACAUCCAAGAUAUAACAUCUCUAAUGCUAGACUAUACGGAUGGACUCCACAGCUUGGCUUCCGCAAAGAAUUCAGAAGUCAAUCAAUUCAGCAUUGCCCAUAGUGGGACACCGCUACACUGGGCUGUUGACAUGCGUAUGAGUACAUUGGCCAACAAGCUUCUUGACUGUGGAGCAGAUCCCCUUCUUGAACACCAAGGCAUGUCAUCCAUUGACCUUUCAAUCCAGUUGAAUCAAGUGGAAAUCCUGGAAACCCUGAUGGAUUUUGUAAAAGACGACAUUGAUGACCUACCAAUACGCAGUUUAAACGAUAUAAUCAACAUGCAAGGUGCUGGCCGCACGGAUCCUAUCAACGGGAGUCAAAAGAAUGACGACAUUCUGAUUAUGCAAGCUGUUGGAAUCCAUCCACCUCAUGAGCGUCUUGUCUACUGUGGAGAAUACUGGCUAUACUCUGCAUUAUCAACACUCGAAGUGCUUUAUGAAUAUUGCCAAAUCUCGGAGUGGUCUGAGGAGAACAACGAAACUAGGCUCGAGACGUUCCGACAUCUCAGCUUUGCAGCAACGUCGGGACCUGAGAUGAUGCAGCAAAUCAUAGACGCUACAAAUAUCUUUCCAAACUCCGAUACAGAAUCUGCAGUAAUGUUUUGGAGAGCUGCCCUCGAAGACAUCCUUUGCACCAGUUUACCCAGCAUGGUCCAUUUUGUGAUCGACAAAGUCAGGGAUUUAUCUCCUUCAUCCAGUUUUGAUAACGCAGAUACCCUGCUACACAGCUAUUGUGCCUCGCUCCACGCUGACACCACAAUACUGGAAAGCAUUCUGAAAGACUGUUCCAACAUAGACUGCACUGAUGACAUGGGUCGUACACCGCUGAUGAAUGCGGUCCGUGAGCGCAACUUCGAAAUUGCUACGUACCUUCUUGAGCAUGGUGCCGAUGUAAAUUGCACCUGGGUGCAAAACGGGCAUCGAGUUUACAUGUUGUACGAGUACGUGGUCAACAACACUGACAUCGACGUUAUUCCACUCAAGUACCUCCUUGAACCAAUGCAUCCAUUCACAGACAAAAUCCCACUACUUGCAUUAGGCCCCGAUCAUCAGGAGACAGUACUUCAUCUAGCCUGCAAGGACGGAAACCCAGUCAUAGUAGACUAUCUGCUCUCCAAGCUUAUUUCAAAGGACUUGCUAGAUCAGCGAGGUGAAGGUGGAAUGACUGCGUUACACCACGCUGUGUUCAAUGGUCAUGUUGAUGUGGCCAUGAAACUCUGUCAAGCUGGUGCCGAUGUCAACGCCAGAUCAGGCUACAGGGAUAUGAGUAACAGAAGACGCUCCAGGCCGUUGGAUCUUUGCUACCGGCAUACAAGACAGAGUGACGAACUCUUGGCGAACAAGUUUGGCCUCGAGCGGACUGGAGAGGAUGUUAUGCUGGGACGCUUCCAUAUCGCGAAUUACUUAGUACAGCGCCAUGGUGCACGCCGCGCCGACAGAUUUCUCAUGCACAGAAGUUUGGCCUUCCGUCUUAGCCUUCUGGCUGCUCAAGAUGGGAUGACACAUCUCCUUGACGUAGUUCUCCGAACAGUGAAGAAUGAGAUGAAAAUCGCCUCCCACGGGGACUUUGACUACAGUUUUUUACUGACCCAUCUCCUCUGGCUCUCCGCACCUGAGGGCCAUGUCAGCACAUCGCGUCUCCUUCUCAAGCUUGGUGCUGAUGCUAAUUACAGAUCGAAAAAGGGCAUGUCACUUCUGCAGAUGGUCUCUUGGUUGGGAAAAGCUGAAAUGGUCUAUGUUCUGGUUAAAAAUGGCAGCGCUGAUGUUAAUGCUCAAGACCAUGAAGGACAGUCGGUGACGUGGUACUCUGUCAAGUCUCAAGAUUUAGCGACGAUACGAAUGGUAAAAGCUUUGGGAGGUCGCUUCACGAUCCCAAGAGCAAGCUUAGAGAGGAUCUUGGGUUCUAGAAAUCUGCCAGCUGACUUGAACCCACAGUUCCUCGUCAGAUUCACGGGCGAGCCGAGUGAUGAUGAUGACAGCGAGAUGGAAUCAGAUGCAAGUGAGGUUCACGACGAAGUGUCCUGA